ACCCACACUUAUAUAAACCCAAAAAGAAAACAGAAAGACAGAGAGAGAGAUUGAUAACAGAUCCGCCGGAGAGUGGCCGGAGACAGAAUUCCGACUAAUUUUCCGGUGAUAUUUGUAUUGUUUUCUUUUUCUUUCUUGCUUUCUUCAUUUAAAGAAAGAAAGAGAGAGAUGAGAAAUCCUGAUAAAGCGAAAAGAGACAAGAAAAGGGAAAGGAGAAGAUUGGUGAAGUACAAAGAGUUGCCAGAGUAUCUGCAAGAUAAUGAGUAUAUAUUGGAUUACUACAGAUGCGAGUGGCCGUUGAAAGAUGCUUUCUUCAGUAUCUUUACGUUGCAUAACGAAUCGCUCAAUAUCUGGACGCAUUUAGUGGGUUUCUUGAUAUUCUUGGGACUAAUGGUGAUGAGCUGUAUGGAUAAUACACAGCUUGGAGGCCUCAUUACCACUUUCUCUUUCAGAAGCCAACCGUUGAUGAUGAUGAACAAGGGUUUUGAAGAUUUUAACGUCUCUGAUAACAAUCACAUGUUUCCCGACUCACAUUUGAGACACAUUUCACAGCAGUCACUUUUCCAAAUGCAUAAUCAAGAUGGGUCUGAAGCUAUUCCUAGAUGGCCAUGGUUUGUUUUCCUGUCAGGAGCAAUGGGAUGCUUGAUUUGCAGCUCCAUUUCCCACCUCCUUGCUUGCCAUUCCAAGCGUUUCAACCUUUUCUUUUGGCGACUAGAUUAUGCCGGCAUUUCCCUUAUGAUUGUUUGCUCAUUCUUUGCUCCACUCUAUUAUGCCUUCUACUGCAACCCCUUCCCACGAAUCUUUUAUAUUACCUCCAUAACUGUUGCUGGUAUCCUUGCCAUCAUCACCCUCCUCGCACCUGCUCUUUCGACCCCACGAUACAGACCUUUCAGGGCCACUCUGUUCCUUUUCAUGGGGUUAUCAGGUCUGAUCCCAGCAGCACAUGCAGUUGUUCUCCACUGGGGCCAUCCACAUAUAUUUGUGUCCCUCAGUUACGAGCUUCUUAUGGGCGUUUUAUAUGCUGCAGGAGUUGGGUUCUAUGUUAGUAGAAUACCAGAACGUUGGAAGCCUGGGGCUUUUGACAUUACAGGACACAGCCAUCAGAUCUUUCACGUGUUUGUUGUUCUAGCUGCACUUUCUCACACCGCUGCUACACUGGUAAUUCUGGAUUUUCGCCGGAAAUCACCUGCCUGUACAUUGUAGGCAUACCAUAAUUAGCCUGACACUGACUGUGGUGUAGGAAUUAUUUUCGUCUCUAGUCUGCCUUUCUCCCUUGUAAAACUUUGUACUAGUGCAAAGAAAUUUUCUGCUAUUCUACCAAAAAUUAGGGCCCACGAUAUUCUGGUUUUCAUAAAAGUCAGAACUGUGUAUGAACUUGCACAUUAAACUAAUCGCAAGUACAACCUGCCUUUGGUCAGGCAUCUCUUA